AUGGCGGCGGGAGCCGAGCGCGGCGCGGCGGUGCCCGCGGAGCCGCCGCCGCUGAGCGCCGAGGAGGUGGCCAGGCGGCUGGCGAGCACUCGCCGCGAGCUGGGCAACCGCCGCAAGAUCCUGCUGCGGAACCUGCCGGCCGAGAGCAGCAGCCAGGAAAUCCACGACUUGUUUAAGGAUUAUGAAAUCAAGUAUUGUUACGUGGACAGGAAUAAAAGAACAGCAUUUGUCACCCUGUUGAACGGGGAGCAGGCCCAGAGCGCCAUCAGGAAAUUCCACCAGCAUUCCCUGCGUGGGAAGGAGAUCUCCGUGCAGCUCCAGCCGACGGAUGCUCUGCUCUGCAUCACCAACCUGCCCCUUUCCCUGAGGAUUGAGGAGUUUGAGGAACUGGUGCGCGCCUACGGCAACGUGGAGAGGUGUUUCCUGGUCUACAGCGAGCUCACCGGCCAUUCCAAGGGCUACGGAUUCGUGGAGUACAUGAAGAAGGACUCUGCUGCCAAGGCCAGGCUGGAGCUCCUGGGCAAGCAGCUGGAGGAGAGCACUCUGUUUGCACAGUGGAUGGAUGUGAACCAGCUGACCACAAACCUCAUUCACUCCAAGUGCCUUUGUGUGGAUAAAUUGCAGAAAGACUGCGCUGAUUCGAAAGAGCUGAUCCAGGCUUUCUCCCUGAAGUACAAACCCGUGUUCUGCCAGUUUGCCCAGGACGAGGACGGCGGCAGCGGCGACUUUGCCGUGGUGGAGUACGAGAGCGCGGAGCAGGCGGAGAGCGUGCGAGGAGCCAUGGACGGGGUCACCAUCAACGGCAGGAGGGUCCACGUGUCCUUCUGUGCCCCUGGAGCACCAGGCAGGAGCACCUUGGCAGCUCUGAUAGCAGCACAAAGGAUGAUGAGGAACAAUAGGAAAGGCUUGCUUCCAGAGCCAAAUCCAGUGCAGAUCAUGAAAAGUUUUAAUAAUCCAGCAAUGCUGCAGAUGCUGCUGCAGCCCCAGCUGCGUGGCCACGCUGUUAAACCUGUUCUUGGAGCAUCUGCAGGUUUACCUCACCUCAUAAAUUCAGCAGUUGGGCCACCUUUUUUGCAGUUGAAUAAAGUUCAUCAGAGCUCAAUUCUGGGGAGCACCUCCAGCCUGCUGCUGCAGAGCCCUGCUCACCUGCCCCUGCCCCAGCAGCAGCUCCUGAAGAUGGAGAACAUGCAGGCAAACAGUAAACCAGGUUUGCUGGGAGAGCCUCCAGCAAUGCUGCUGCAGACAGUGCUGGGCAUAGGCGUGAUGCCAGCGGUGAACUCAGGCCUGGCAGCACGAGGAGAAGCUCUCAAGUCGGCAGCGGCAGGGAUGGGCAUGCUGCCCUUCUUCCCGAGUCAGCACAUGGUGGGACAGGCUCUGGCCGGGCCCAACGCCGCGGCGGACAAAGGCGAGGCGGUGCCGGGAGCGCAGCCCUUCCCCGCGGCCCUGCUGCGGGCAGCCCCCGCCAAAGCUCCGGGCCAGCUCAGGAACUGCGACUCCAGCCUGCCGACUCCCUUGAAAAAACAGACUUCUCUGCUUGGGGAACCCCCGAAAGAAAUUCGCCUGAGCACCAACCCCUACUUGAAUUUGGCAAGUGUUUUGCCUGGUAUCUGUCUGCCAGCAAUUGCCAGCAAAGCCUCCAGCCCUCCGCAGCAGACCAGCCUUGCAAACAACGUCAUGGAUGCUGCUGUGUCUCAGGGAACUGCAUCACAGCACGCCAUGGAAAAUUACUUCACUUAUCCCCAGCAGCCUGGGGAGUACCCACAGGAGGCUGUCCAGCAGUGGUACCAGCAUUAUGCUCACUCUACCCAGGCCAGAGUGGAUGGCUUGGAAAGCGAAGCCUCUGAGGAAUCUCCAGGAUCUUUCCCAGACUACAGCAGCACCUGCCUGCAGGUGGUGCCUGCCCUUUUCAGUGGAGCCCAGGGAUCCCAGCAGGGCUCACAGCCUCCUCCAGCAAAGCCCUUAAAGCAGGUGGCCCCGAAGCGCAGCUCCUCGUACCUCGUGUCCUCCCCCGAGCCCGGCCCCGUGGAAUUCCCGGCUCCCGGAGGAGCCGCGCGUUACUCGGAGUCUUCCCUGAAGAAGAAGCGAGUUUAUUGAUCCAUCCCCGGGGAGCCCCGGCCCGGCCCCCGGGAAUCCCUCUGUAUUUAUUGCUGCCUUAACUUCAGACGAGGAGUUCUUUCUGCCUGGGGUGAGUGUCCCGAGAGGAGCCAGCUCUGUCCCGGCACGUGCAGGGGGUGACGGAGGUGGUGGCUGAGGGACGGAGCACGGGGACUUGGGGAGCUGGGGCAGCUCCACUGAAAGCAAUAAAAACCCGCAGGAAAGAAAGCCGAUCCUCUCCCCAGUCCUCAGCCUGAGGGAGUUAAAAGAGGAAGUCUUGAGAGGAAUUGUUUUGUAUUUUUUUUUUUUUUUUAAACUCAGAAUGUGGGUUGUUGUUGGUUUUUUUGUUUUUUUUUUUUUCCCCCCCAACUUUCCUUUUUUUCCAGGAUUAAGAGCUCUGCAUUUACAGCCUUUAGAUUUUUAAUAUUGCUUCUUAAUCCUGGAAUGGAGCGAUACCAAAUGGAUUCCCAGAGCCCCGGUGAUGUUCUCAGUAAAAGGGAGAUGCUGUUCUGUGCUGCCUUGGAAUAUUCCCUGGGAUUUGGAGAGCUGAUCCUUGGACAGUGGAAUAACUUUGUUUUUAGGCUGAGGAUCCACAGCUUUUCCAUGGAGGAAGUCAUUCCUGGUGUGGGACAGCUCUUCCUGGGGCACCCCACAUUUAUCUCCCACUUUUGAGUGUAUUUUCCUUUUUUUUUUUUUUUGUUUUGUUUUUUAAGACUUUUUGUAUUUUUAGCUUGUUAGCAGCUGUGGCUCGAGUUGUUCUCUUCUGCCAUCAGCCCCUGGAGCUGGAGAUCAGCAAUCCCUCCUUUUGCCAUCAGUGACAGGUAAAUGAGGAGGCAGCCCUCAUUCCAAGGCUUUGUCCAAACCCUUGGAAUCCUGCUGCAAAUCCAUUUGGAUUGACUUCACCCAGGAGCCGCCUCCUCCUCCCUUUUCUUUGCUAGAGAGCACUGAAGCCAUUUUUCAAUACUGAUUUUAUUUUUCUUUUUUUUAAUUAAAAGUCUUAAACUUUGCCUUUCAAGCUUUGGGAUGUGACCAGGAUCCACGUUUUCAAAGCUUAAAAAAAAAAAAAAUCCCAGUUAAAACUCCCUCUUCCCUCAGCUGCUGGAACUGCUCCACAAACAGGAGCCAGGAGCUUCUCUGGGAUCCUGCCUGUAUGUAUUGAUAAAUUCACUUGUAAUAUUUUGUUUCGACUGUUUGUAUAUGCAACUUUCU